CCGAAAAGCAGCACCCUGAAUUUCUCAUCGUUUAAAUCAAGCUUCACUUCCAAUGUUAAUUUCCUGAAGAGAAGGUAAAGACCUUAAAAGGAAACGCCCCCUUCCUUAGCGGGGAGGGGGCUUCAGUUCAGGACGAGACUAAUUUGAGAUUUCAUAUGUUUGUCUAUUUUCUCUCCCCCCCGCAAAUGGUGCGCUUUUCUCUCUCUCUCUCUCUCUCUCUCUCUCUCUUCCUCUAUUUCUUUUGCUCUCUCACAUAAAUGCGCUGCACCUUUCACUUGUCUACUUGUUCCACGGUUCGCAUUUGAAACGCCCUGGCGAAAACCACAACAAACCCACGCAACAACCACACCACACACCCAACACAAACAUCUAAUCCACAUCCACGCAACAUGUGCAGAUUCAGCUCGGGAGACUUGUCUUCCGAGGUCGAUGAUGUUGAUCCCAAUAGCUUGCCGCCGGCUGCGCGUCCUAUACAGGACCAGCCAACUAAGCCGUAUGUUGCCGGCGGUCCGCCGAGCAUGCCGCCACCGCCGGCACCGGGCCAAUUGCCGCCGCAGCCUGCCGGCGCAGCUCCGGAGCUGUCGCUAAGCUUCGGCGCUGGCAAGGCACCGGCUUCGGCGGCUCCAGCGCCCCCGCGAGGCGUAAGCGCGCCCACCAGCCCAGCCAAGUCGCGAGAGAGUCUCUUGCAGCGGGUGCAGAGUUUAACAGGCGCAGCGCGUGAUCAGGGCGCUUCCAUAUUGGGAGCUGCGGUUCAGAGUGCCACCCAGCGUGCGCCCACCUUUAACAAGGACAGAUACUUCACGCUGCUGGUGCUGGAUGAUCAGAACACGGACUGGUCGAAAUACUUCCGCGGCAAACGUUUGCAUGGCGAUUUCGAUAUACGCGUCGAGCAGGCAGAGUUCCGAGACAUAACCGUGGUCUCCAGCGCCGAUACCGGACCGGUUGUUACAAUGGCCGCCUAUCGCAGCGGCACCCGGGUGGCCCGCUCUUUUCGCCCGGAUUUCGUAUUGAUCCGUCAGCCGCCGCGUGACGGCUCCAGCGAUUACCGAUCAACAAUAUUGGGUCUCAAAUACGGCGGAGUGCCCAGCAUCAACUCGUUGCAUUCCAUCUACCAGUUUCAGGACAAGCCAUGGGUGUUCUCGCAUCUGCUGCAGCUGCAGCGUCGCCUGGGACGCGACGGCUUUCCGUUGAUCGAGCAAACAUUCUUCCCGAAUCCGCGUGAUUUGUUCCAAUUCACCAAGUUCCCCAGCGUACUGAAGGCUGGACAUUGCCAUGGCGGAGUGGCCACAGCCCGUCUGGAGAAUCAGAGCGCGUUGCAAGAUGCCGCCGGACUUGUUAGCGGCGCUGGAAACGAUUCGCAUUGUUAUUGCACCAUCGAGCCCUACAUCGAUGCCAAGUUCAGCGUGCACAUUCAAAAGAUUGGCAACAACUACAAGGCAUUUAUGCGCAAAUCCAUCACUGGAAAUUGGAAGACCAAUCAAGGCUCCGCCAUGCUCGAGCAAAUCACUUUAACCGAGAAGUACAAAACCUGGGUGGAUGAGAUAUCGGAACUGUUUGGCGGCAUGGAGGUGUGCGGCGUCUCGGUGGUGGUAGGAAAAGAUGGACGCGAGUACAUUAUUAGUGCCUGUGAUAGCACCUUCGCUCUAAUUGGCGACAGCCAGGAGGAAGAUCGCAGGCAGAUAGCCGAUCUGGUGUCGGGACGCAUGCAGAAUGUCUGCCGUCCCAGUAUGGCACAGACUGGACCUGCUAAGUUGCCAUCACGAUCAUCGGUCUCUUCUCGCGCCGAGAGUCCUACUGAUGACCUGGCACCUACACCGCCGCUGCCCGCCGGGCCCAGGCCAGCACCGAUGGGCGGACCACCGCCGAUUCCGGAACGCACCUCUCCGGCGGUGGGCUCCAUUGGGCGGCUGAGCAGCCGCAGCAGCAUUUCAGAGCUGCCAGAGGAGCCUUCCUCGUCGGUGCCCAGCACAGUGGGUGGCGUGCGCCGCGAUUCGCAAACGUCGCAGGCAUCGAGCAUCUCGUCGGUGUCCAGGGUCGGACAGCGUCCUCCGCAAACUCAGACCUCUGUCGUUGAGGACGCGGAGGACACCAUGAAGAACCUGAGGAAGACUUUUGCGGGGAUCUUUGGUGACAUGUAGGAAAUCGCUAAUAAGAAACGCGGCAGAACGGCGAGCGAGACAAGUAACAGCAGCGGCCUGGGCAGCGUGCCCAGCAGCGCUGGACCCACCAGCAGCGGAGGCAGUGCCUUCAGCGGCUCUUUUCUGGGAAAGCAGUUCUCGUUCGCCUCGGGCGGCAAAUCUAGCGGCAUGGAUGUGAUCUCUACACAGCCCAGUCGACCGCUGGAGGAGCCAGCAGCAGCAACAACAGCGGUCAGCUCAACCGCUAGGGUUGCUGCCAGCGUUUCGGAUAGCGUUAAUACAACUACGGAUAACCCAACAACAACUGGCGGCUACCAGCCAGUAACCAACUUUGAGCCACAGGAACGCGUCAAUCCAUUCGACAAGGAGCCACACAAGUCUGUUAGCAUCGCUAGCAUCGGCGCUGCCUCGAACACAACCUCAUCUUCAUCAUCAAUAUCCUCGUCUUCGAUUUCGUCACGCAUCAAUCGGAAUGGCAACCCCAUCAAAUCACCGCCACCACCAGCUGGGCCGCCACCACCGCCGCCCAAUGUGAGCUCCAAUGCCAACAUCAACACGAAUACGAACAGCUCCAGCGUCAGCGCCAGCGCCUAUCGCAGCAGCUUCAGCAGCUCACUCAGCAAAGACAAGACCAGCUACGGCAACUACGACAGCACCAGUUCUAUUGAGACCAUAACGCGCAUGGACACUAACACCACAAACACAGCUGCCACGGCCACAGGCGCCGGAGAGGCCAGCGGUAUAACAGCGAUUAGCACGGGUGCCGUUGGCGCCGCUGCCAUCACCAGUUCGGCCUCCAACAAUGAUUGGCGCACAGCUAUUGGCAUAAGAUCGGCCAGUGUUUAUAGUGCGCCGGCUGCUGUAACCACAGCGGCUCUGCCUGGUGACACCUCCGGCUACGAUUCCAAUUCGUUGGCCUCGCAGGCCGGCUACAAUAAUCCCAGCGAUCUGCCCUCGUACACGCGGCCCUCUUACUCCCGCUCCGAGAGCAAUGCAUCGAAGCAAUCCGACUUGGACAUCAUAUUCGGGGACGGCAAGACAACAACCUCUAGUCCAGGCAAUGGCAAAUACACGCGCUCCGGCGGUUCCAUCUCUGACGCGGACAUGAUCUUCGGUGGUCCGCCCUCCAACUAUAAAAGCGAUCGUUUUGGCGCUGCCAAAAGCAUGAGCAUGAGCUCGAGCGGCGUUGGAGCCAGCUCCACCUAUAAGAUCUAUGAGGGCAUACAGAAUGCGGCCUUCAGCGAUUAUAGCGAUUCGGGUAGCAUUAGCAGCAUAAACUCAACAAGUAAACGAUGGAACCCCAAGCCUGAAGAGGAAGAUGAAUUGGAUUUAAAAUAAAUCCACACACGCGCACACACACAUACACUCACACACACACACACACAUAUACGCAGAACAAGCAGCGUUCAGAGUAUAAAUCAUACUACACUUAAACUAUAGGAAAACUGUCUUUUUUCUGCCUCCGAAGUUUCCUGGUUUCAUGAGGGAAUGAACAUAAGCAUAGAAAUACAUAAAAAUAUACUCAACUGCAUCAGCAUUAGCAUCAGCAUCAGCAUCACCUAUACACAUUGAGUUACUAUAGUUUUCACUAUCGAUACAAGUUAUUUGAAUAUGCUACAAUAUAAAUAUAUAUGUAUAUGUACCAUUUCCUGUUAUUCUCUAUAUAUAUUUAUUAACAUAUAUAUAUAUAUAUUAAAUAUGUAUGCAGUUACUACUCAGUUGCAAUAUGAAAAUGAAAGAAGAAGAAGACUAUGAAAAUACACUACACUACACAAUGUAUAAUUAUAACCACCAAAAUAACAAUAAUAAUGCAAGUAAAGCCCAUAAGUAUAUGAAA